AUGAAAAGUUUAAUAAUUAUUAGUAUUUUUGUAAUUUUAAUAUCAUUUUUUAUUAAAAUUCAAUUAGAUCAACAUCAAUCAUUUAUUCAAAGAUAUUUCAAUUCAAUAGAUAUCAAUAAAAAUUUUAAAGAUUUAGAACCAAAAGAAAAAACAACACAAACAUUCUAUUACAGCGAUGAAAUAUUUUAUAAUAUUAAAUUAUCAGAUGAUGUUAGAGAUGCAUUAAAAUAUGGAAAACCAGUAGUAUCAUUAGAAUCAACUAUUAUAUCACAUGGUAUGCCAUAUCCACAAAACUAUCAUACUGCAAUCGAGGUUGAGGAUAUCAUUAGAUCAUAUGGUGUAAUCCCAGCAACUAUUGCAAUUUUAAAUGGUACCAUUCAUAUUGGUUUAACUAAAGAUGAAAUUCAUUAUCUUUCAACUGUUGGUAAAGAUGCUGUUAAAACUUCAAGACGUGAUAUUGCUAUGGUUAUGUCUCAAGGUAAAACAGGUUCAACUACUGUAUCGGCAACAAUUCUAUUCUCAAAUUUAGUUGGAAUUAAAAUUUUUGUAACUGGUGGUCUAGGUGGUGUUCACAGAGGUGUUGAGGCUAGUUUGGAUGUUAGUGCCGAUUUAACAGAAUUAGGUAAAAAUGGUGUAAUGGUAGUUUGUGCUGGCGUAAAAAGUAUUUUAGAUAUCGGUAAAACAUUAGAAUAUUUAGAAACUCAAGGUGUUACUGUCGUAACUUAUGGUUCUGAUGAAUUCCCAGCCUUUUUCACAAAACAUAGUGGCUUAAAAUCACCAAAUCGUUUAGAUAACCCACCUCAAUUCGCCAAACUUUUAUUCUCAAACCAAUUGCUUCAAUUAAAGAGUGGAAUUGUAGUAGCUGUUCCAAACGAAAAUGAAAACUCUGAAUUAAUCGAUCAAGCCAUCAAGGAAUCAAUUGAACAAUCAACUAAAGAGAAAAUAAUGGGUAAAGAAAUAACUCCAUACCUCUUACAAAAAGUUAAUGAAAAGACUGGUGGUAAAUCAUUAGAGUCAAAUAUUAUGUUAGUUAAAAAUAAUGCUAAAAUUGGUUCACAAAUUUGUUUGGAAUACUAUGCAUUACUAAAAAAUGAAAAAACAGGCGCAUCUUAUCCUGAAAAAAACAAUCAAGUAUUCACUUAUUUCGAUCAAAAAGUAAAUAGAUUCUUAAAGAAAUACUUGGAGCUCGAUCGUUCACCACCAAUGAAGUCAAUUCAAAGCCCACCAGUAAAGAAGAGAAUUGCAGAUUUUGCCAAUCCAGUAGCAGAAAAAAAUCAAGAUAAAUAUAAAGUUGUAGUUGUUGGUGGCGCUGUUAUUGAUAUGAUUUCACAUCCAUAUAAAUUAUCAGGUUUCCAAUAUCAAACAUCAAAUCCAGGUUCAAUGAAUGUUAAAAUGGGUGGUGUAGGUAGAAAUAUAGCAGAAGUUUUAACAAGAUUAGAAUUAAAUCCAUUAUUUAUCAGCUUAUUAGGUGAUGACAUACAUUCACACAUUUUAUUGGAAGAAUUUAAUAACUUAAAUAUGAGCACCUAUGGCAUAGCAUCAAAAGAAAACUCCAAAACUGCAAUUUACAAUGCAAUUAUGGACGAAAAAGGGGAUUUAGCUGUUGCAAUCGCUCAAAUGGAUAUCUUUGACCAUAUUACACCAAAUUAUAUUCAACACUUUACCGACAAAUUAGAUAAAUCAGAAAUGAUCGUUUUUGAUGGUAACAUUCCAACCGAAUCAAUGAAAUAUCUUGCAAGUCUUUCAUCUUCAAAGAAAAUUAAGCUUUGGUUUGAACCAACAAGUGUUUUUAAAUCAUCAAAAAUUGUAGAUUCUCAAAUUAUUUCACACAUCACAUUCAUUUCACCAAAUAGAGAUGAAUUAUUUAAAUUAUCUCAAGAAAUAUUAUCCAAACAUUUGGUUUCAAAUAUCGAUAAAUUUACAAAUUUAAAUUUUGAAAAUAAACAAGAUUUAGAAAAUAUUAAAAAACAUUCAAAUGUUUUAAUUGAAGCUGGUAUUAAACAUGUUGUCGCCAAAUUAGGUAAACAAGGUGUUUUAUUAACAUUCAAAGAUUCAGAAGGUAAAAUUCAAUAUGUUAUGUUUAAUGCACCAGAUCUUAAAGAUACUGAAAUUGUAGAUGUUAAUGGAAGUGGUGACUCUUUGGUAGCAUGCUCAAUUUAUUCACUUUUAUCUGGUAACGAUUUAUCAAAGAGUAUUUUAGAUUUUGGUACAAAAUGUGCAAAGUUAGCUUUAUUAAAUGAAAAUCCUGUUUCGCCAUUAAUUAAAAAAUCAAUUUUCAAAUAA